GCCUUCGAGACUGAGGGGUCAAAUGAACACGAAUUAAGCGAGGAAUGUUGUAUUAUUCUCCAUUAUGACACAAAAUGAACAGCAUUUCAGAAGAAAGUGGAAACCAAAGCCCAAAAGCUUUGGCUACCCAGCGAUCUAAAGUGAACAGGAGCGUUGGUUCCCCUUCUCUGCAUCGACAUGGAAGGAAAAUUAGACACGAAAAUGACUUAAGAAGAGAGGAACAACUCCAAGCAUAUACAGCAUGGGUAAACUCUCAACUGAAGAAACGUCCUGGAAGUCGCUUUAUUCAGGAUCUCCCAAGGGACAUGAAGGAUGGAGUGGCUCUUAUUCAAUUAAUAGAAGUAGUUGCUGGUGAAAAUCUCCGAAUUAAUGAAAACCCUGCCACCCUAUCCUCUAUGAGGGGAAAUGUUGACCAAGUUCUUCAUUUUAUGUCUGUAAACGAGAUUAAAAUGCACCAUACUUCUGCUAAAGAAAUCCUGGAUGGAAAUCUAAAAGCAAUAAUGAGACUUAUUUUAGCAUUAGCAGCACACUUCAAACCAGGAAGUGUAAGGCAGUCAUCACCAUAUCAAGUUGGUGCUGUCCCAACUACUGGUAAAAAGAUUGCUCGGACACCAUCGGCUGCGGCUGCGGCAUCUGAAGCUGCUGCUGCAAUAGCUGAAGCAAGUCGUGCUGCUGCUAGUGUUGGGAGGCAUAUAAAYUCUAAAUACAGACGACACAAAGAUGUAACUAGUACUCCUCCAAGAGAAAGCUACAGAUCCUCUAAGUCCACCUCUGAAGGUACCCCAAUAUUAUCAGCUGAUUCUCCACUCCUAAGUACCCCAAGAACAGGUAGCCAGUCCAGCCGAGAAGGAAGAUCAGGUCGAUCCACACCAGGCAGUGGCUCAGCAACGCCUAAAGGUCAAAUAUUUUAUGAUGGGUCAGAGCAUUCUGGGUCUGACGUUGAUUCAGGUUUAAUGUGCUCACAGAAUAAAUCCAAAGAAAACAGACUUUCAGGAUUAACAGAAGAUUUUCUGAAUGAGUUAACUAAAGAGCAAGAUGCAUUACAUGAUGAACUAGGAGAAGCAAAGAGUGUGAUUCUUGGUCUUCAAAAACUAUUACUAGAUGGGAGAAUUGAACAAGAUGAAGUACCAGAUGAAUAUAGCUUCCUAGAAGGAACAGAUUCAAAAGAACAGCUUGUUAUUGUUAAUGCUCGACUGUGUCAGCUUAGUGCUGAGUACGAUGUCUUGAAAACUGAACGAAACAACUUCAAGGAGGAGUGCAUCAACCUUCUUGGUGUCAAAUCAGGAUUAACCUCACGUUUAUCACAGCAAGAGGAAGUCAUUAUGCAACUAAAAUCAGAACUUUUAAAGUCUAGUUUCACGCAGCAGUCCCAGGUUGCAGAAGCAAGAGAAUUAGAGAGAAAAAUAGAGGAAAGAGAUGCUGAGAUAUCAGCACUAAGAGCAGAACUUUUACGGCAAGARCGAACUAUUGAUAGGCAAAGAGCUGAGUUAGAAGAUACACUAAGAGAUAUGGAAAAUAUGAGAUAUGCAGAGGCAUCUUCAAGUAAACAUCCCAAUGACUCUCAAGUUUAUGAACUACGAAAGAGAAUAGCCACACUACAAGAAAAAUUAAGGAAUGUAGCUUCUCAUGAGGCUGAUAUUUCGUCAAGAAUAACCCAUCAAGAUCAUAAAAUGAAAUCAUUAGAAGAAAAGAUACUCUCUCCACAAUCCACACAACAGACAGAACUUGGACCUCCAAGAACUGAAGAGCUUGAACUAGUAAAAGAGACAAUCAAACAYUUAAGAGAUUCCUUCCAUUCUAAUGACCCUCAGCAGCACACUUUAGAUGCGUUAGAACAGAUGGUCAUAAUUCCAGAUUGUUUGAGAAGGACAGUUCAGGUGCAUCCACCAAAAUACUUUACUUUACUGAAGAUACAGUGACCCCCUUCCUGACUACCAUUCCAAARAGACUUGGUAACAUARCCCUUAGAGAUUUCAAAACACUCUUUAAUCGUCCAGGGCCCUAUAGAUUUCACUUCAAGGCUCUUGAUCCKGAGUUUGGAACUGUUAAAGAAGAGGUAAUAAAUGAUGAUGAUAUCAUUCCUGGUUGGGAAGGUAAAAUAGUUGCUUGGGUGGAAGAAGAUCGAGGUUUGAUUGCACUGAAUCACCAUGACAACAAUAACUAUGAUGUCAACAUGAAUGAGAAUUAGAAUAAAAAUAUGUGUUAAAGGAAUAUAUUUAUGAUAUUAUUGCCAUUAAUAUAGAGUGUACAUUGAGCAAUUCCUAAAAUCCUAACAAUCCUUGGAAAUCCAAGGAUAGACAAUCUUAUCUAAGUAUUACUACUAGUAGAAUAAAAGCAUAGGAAUAUUGGGGGAGAGAAAGCUUUACAGGUGGGGGAGAGGGAGGGGGUCAUUUGCGGCAUAGGGAACACCUGGGUCCAGUUGUACAAAGCCUGGAUAUAACACUAUCCAGUAGAUAAAUCCUUAUCCAGUGGUCAGGAUAAGUCGAUGCUGUUAACCAAUAAAUUUAUCCACUGGAUAAGAUUUAUCCAUUGGAUAGCGCUAUCCAGGCUUCGUACAACCAGGCCCUGUAGGAUUUCACAACUUAYGCUAGCCAUGGUUGUAUUCUUUGCUUCUAUCCAUCAAGGUGAAUAGCCAUUUUUUCUAAAAGUAUUAUAUUUUAGUUACUGUAGRGUAAUUUUACUUGGCUAAUAAAAAAGUUAUAUUAAGCAUAAUGCAUAAUUUAAGUAGUGGACACUCAUUUCUGUGUUUUCUUUUGUUUCAAUAAUAGCAGAACUUAGAGUUACACUCUUUUGCCUUUAAAUGAUUGUUUCAAGUUGAGGCAUAAAAACUGACCCAAAUGCAACAAUUAUUGUUUGAAGGCAAUAGAGUGUAACUCUCCUAAUCUCUCUUAAUAUAUACAAUUUAGUUUCACAUGCCAAGUAAAAUCACUUGACUAGUAUGUCUGGUAGCAAAAUUAAAAUUCUCUAUCCUUGGUUUUCCAACUAUUAACCUUAAUCAUUAGUUUGAGAAGACAUGGAAUUGGAUAUUUGCAAAUAAGAAAAUGUUUUAACAAGUAUUUUAAAAGUAUUGAAGUAUAAAUUAUUUGUUUAUUCAAUAAUUCCUGCAGCGAGCAAGCUUUGACUGCUUUGCUUUUCAGUUUUAACUUUUUAAAGAAAGGAAAGAACAAUUGUCAAUUUCUUAAAAGAAAAUUCAUUUAUCAAAUCUUGUYUUACCUUGUUCAAAUAAUCAUUGAUUUGUUUAUUACAGGUACUGCAAUAUUGGAACUCUCCAGAUUGAGAAUGCUUUUCUAUUUCAGUGAAUUUCAUUUCCUUUAGUGAUAUUACUUUAUUCAUUAUUAAUUGAACAAGCCUGGCAUAACAGUAUUGUGCUUCUUCUCACUUUCUAGGAUCUCGGAUUCAAUUCCCUAAUUCAGCAUCAUAUGUGAGUAGGUUUUUUUUAGUUUUUUCCCUUGAUUGAAAGGUUUUUCUGUGUUCUUCAGUUUACCUGGCUUUACAAAACCUAAUGAGCAAAAUUCCCAUUUUAUAUGUGAUCAASCUAGAGGUUGUUUCAGAGUMACAAUAAAAGUCUUUAAAAUAAAUUCUAUGUAAACAAAAAAAUGUAUUCCUAGGACAUUUCAAUUAGGAAAGCAUCGUUCUCAACCCAGAGGUUUAUUCAGCCUUUAAAAUUGGGCUUUAAAUAAGUGAUCAUUCAGAUGGAAAAUGUAGGCAUUCAAGAUACGAUUAACAAUGAUUACACCAUGUAYUUAUGGUAUCAAUAAAGACAGGGUUUUACAACAGGA